AGCGGAAGUGGCGGGGCGGAAGUGGCUGCGAGCGCCGCGGUGGGCAGAGGAGGGGGCGGAUGAGCGGGCGGCGGGGUCCGCAGUGCGGGGGGCAGGGCCCUGCGGGAGGCCGGCAGUACCCCAGGUGUGACCAUAAAAUAUGAUUCUUUGCCUGCUGCACCAAACUUUGUAACUAAUUAUCUCACAACUUGGUCACCUGGCUUCAACUAUAAUGCAGCAAGCUUUAGAACAGGCACUGGAUCGAGCAGAGUACAUCAUUGAAAGUGCUCGUCAAAGACCUCCCAAAAGAAAAUAUUUAUCCAGCGGAAGAAAAUCUGUAUUUCAAAAACUCUAUGAUUUAUAUAUAGAAGAAUGUGAAAAAGAGCCUGAGAUAAAGCAGAAGCUGAGGCGAAAUGUGAAUUUACUUGAGAAGCUGGUUAUGCAGGAGACGUUGUCAUGUCUGGUAGUGAACCUCUAUCCGGGAAAUGAGGGUUAUUCACUUAUGCUCAGGGGAAAAAAUGGUUCAGAUUCUGAGACCAUUCGACUGCCUUAUGAGGAAGGAGAGCUGCUUGAAUAUUUGGAUGCAGAGGAGUUACCGCCUAUUUUGGUUGAUCUCUUAGAAAAAUCUCAGGUUAAUAUUUUUCACUGUGGAUGUGUCAUAGCAGAAAUACGUGACUAUAGGCAGUCUGGUAACAUGAAAUCUCCAACAUACCAAAGCAAGCACAUUCUUUUGCGUCCUACAAUGCAGACCUUAAUUUGUGAUGUUCACUCUAUAACAAGUGACAACCACAAAUGGACACAGGAGGACAAACUCCUACUUGAGAGCCAACUUAUUUUGGCUACAGCCGAGCCUUUGUGUCUUGAUCCGUCAAUAGCAGUGACCUGUACUACAAACAGACUCCUGUACAACAAGCAGAAAAUGAAUACUCGCCCCAUGAAACGGUGUUUCAAAAGGUACUCAAAGUCAUCUCUGAAUAGGCAGCAGGAAGUAGCUCACUACUCAACUCCACCUCAGCUCAGAUUAGUUGACUACUUACAGAAAAAGAAGGAGAAGAAAGGAACCCAGCAGUAUGACCUCAAAAUUUCUAAAGCUGGAAACUGUGUAGAUAUGUGGAAACAGAACCCUUGCUAUUUGACUGCACCUUCUGAAGUGGAUGUGGAAAAAUAUGCCAAAGUGGAGAGUUCUAUCAAGCCUGAUGACUCACAACCAACUGUUUGGCCAGCACAUGAAGUAAAAGAUGAUUAUGUGUUUGAAUGUGAAGUUGGUAAUCAGCUGCAAAAAACAAAGCUGACCAUUUUUCAGUCUCUUGGCAAUCCGCUGUACUAUGGUAAAAUUCAGACACUCAAAGGUGAUGAUGAGAGUGACAGCUUAUUAGUUCCACCACAGUUCCUUAUUGGUUCCAAGACUGAUGCUGAAAGAGUGGUGAACCAGUAUCACGAGUUGGUAAAAAGUGAAGCUAAAUGUCCUGUGAAAAUGUUCCAUAAUUCAGGUGGAUCAAUCAAUCUUAGUCAUCUUUCUCCAGGGAAGGAAAUGGAACAGCCCGAAAGUAUAUCAGGCUCUGUUCAGUCUUCAGUAUUGGGGAAAGGUGUAAAACACCGACCUCCUCCCAUCAAAUUACCUUCAAGUUCAGGAAGUAGCUCUUCAGGUAAUAUCUUUAGUCCACAGCAGUCAAGUGGCCAUCUAAAAUCCCCAACUCCUCCACCUCCUCCACCUUCUUCUAAGCCACCUGGUCUUUCUCGGAAACAAUCUAUGGAUCUUAACCAAGUUAGCAUGCUCUCUCCAGCUGCCAUGUCUCCUGCGAGCUCUUCACAAAGGUCUGGAACUCCUAAACCAUCUACUCCUACUCCAACCAACACCCCUUCAUCGACCCCACACCCUUCUGAUGCUCAGAGCUCAACUCCUAUUACCCCUUCUGCCACCCCUACUCCCCAAGAAUCAGGCUUCACCCCUCAGCCCACUUUGUUAACCCCGUUUGCUCAGCAGCAGAUGUCUCUGAGCCAGGCACUGCCUGUAAUGACCAUUCCUCUUUCCACCAUGGUAACAUCCAUUACUACAGGAACAGCCUCCACCCAGGUCAUGGCAAACCCUGCAGGACUUAACUUCAUCAAUGUAGUGGGCUCUGUGUGUGGAGCACAGACAUUGAUGAGUGGUUCAAACCCUAUGUUGGGGUGCAACACUGGUGCCAUAGCCCCUGCAGGUAUAAAUCUGAGUGGCAUUUUACCAUCAGGAGGUCUGGUACCAAGUGCACUGCCCGCUGCAAUGCAGUCUGCCUCUCAAGCAGGCAGCCCUUUUGGUUUGAAAAAUGCAUCAAAUCUUCGGCCCUUAAAUCUUCUACAGGGGUCUGACCAAGGUCCAUCAAAUCAAGAUCAGGCAUUGUCUGCCCAGCAAGCUGCUGUCAUUAACCUGACCGGAGUAGGGAAUUUCAUGCAACCUCAAGCCACAGUGUUGUCUCAGCUUGGCUCUGCCAUGAACAGACCUGGGCAAAGCCUUCCUCAGCAGAGACUCCAGCUCUCUUCUGCCUUACAACAGCAACAACAACAAGCCUUGCAGCAGCAGCAGCAACAGAUACAACAGUUGCGAUUCUUGCAGCAUCAAAUGGCUAUGGCAGCAGCAGCAGCACAAGCAGCUCAUCUACGACAUCAGCAGCAUUCAGGCAGCCACUCAAAAAGUAAAAGGAAAAGAGGCACACCUGCCCCUCCAAAAUCCUGAGACUUUCUCUUUUUUUUCCUUAGUAUAAAAAUGAUUUAAAGGCGUGGGUUGUUUUUUUUUUUUCCCUGUUUAAAAA